GAGGAGCCUCGGCCGCCUCCGCCUCUGCCUCUGCUUCCAAGCGGGGACCCGGAGGAGCCUUGCCCGGCCCGGAGAUGGCCGGGGCCGGCUGGGCACCUCCGCAGCUGGAAGAUUUCUUGCUAACCGAGCGGCUGGGCAGCGGCACUUACGCCACUGUCUUCAAAGCCUACAGGAAGAAGAAUACCCGGGAAGUGGUAGCCAUCAAAUGUGUGAGUAAGAAAAAUCUGAACAAGGCCUCUGUCGAAAACCUGCUGACCGAAAUUGAGAUCCUGAAGACCGUCCGGCACCCUCAUAUUGUGGAGUUAAAGGACUUCCAGUGGGACAAGGAAUACAUCUACUUAAUCAUGGAAUAUUGUGCUGGAGGUGAUCUGUCCCGUUUCAUUCGUAGCCGGAGGAUUCUUCCAGAAAAGGCAGCUUGUAUAUUUCUACAACAACUGGCUUGUGCCUUGAAGUUCCUUCACGAUAAGAAUAUCUCCCAUCUGGACCUCAAACCCCAAAAUAUCCUACUGAGUUCCUUGGAGAAACCUCAUCUCAAGCUGGCAGAUUUUGGGUUUGCACAGCACAUGUCCCCCAGAGAUGAGAAGCACGUGCUGAGAGGGUCUCCACUUUACAUGGCGCCCGAAAUGGUGUGCAGUCGGCAAUACGAUGCUCGGGUAGAUUUGUGGUCAGUGGGCGUGAUCCUCUACGAGGCCCUCUUUGGCCGACCCCCUUUCGCCUCCAAAUCUUUUGCUGAGCUGGAGGAGAAGAUCCGCAGCAGCCAACCUGUUGAGCUUCCCAGCCGCCCCCGCCUCUCCCCGGAAUGCCAGGAUCUCCUGCAGCGUCUUCUGCAAAGAGACCCCCAGCAGCGCAUCUCCUUCCAGGCGUUCUUCGCGCACCCCUUUGUGGACAUGGAACACAUGCCCAGCGCGGAAAGUUUGGGGAAAGCAACCCAACUUGUCAUGGAGGCCGUCAAGAAGGACCAAGAAGGUGACAUGGCCACCGCCCUGUCACUCUACUCCAAAGCUCUGGAGUACUUUGUUCCUGCCUUACGCUAUGAACGGGACGCUCAGCGGAAGGAAGCCAUCCGAGCCAAGGUGAGCGAUUACAUCUCCCGUGCAGAGCAGCUCAAGGUGCUGGUGGCAUCGGACAACAAAGCCCUUUUGCAAAAAGGCUGCCCCGGACGGGACAUUUUAAAAGAGAUGUCCAAGAACAAACCUCGCCUUUACGCUGCUCUGGAUGUAGCAUCUGCUGCUGUGGCCAAGGAAGAAGAAGGAAAGGAGGAUAGUGAAACACUGGAGUUGUAUCAGCAGAGCUUGGGCGAAUUGCUGCUGAUGCUGGCUGCGGAACCUGCAGGAAGAAGACGAGAAUUGCUACACGCCGAGAUCCAGACGCUGAUGGGCCGAGCAGAGUAUCUUAAAGAACAGAUCAAGAUCAAGGAAUCGCAGUGGGAAGCUGAGUCCAUCGGAAAUGAGGGCCUUUCGGAUUCUGUGAGAAACUCAUGUACUUUACAGUGACCCAUUGCCAGGAAGUGGCCUGGGAGCUUCCGUACCUCAACCAGCGAGCCGUGGACAAUCCGAAUUUACACCCCAUUUUGGGGGGACUAAGAGUCGCUGGCCUAGAGCCGUGUCCCUCUGCAGAUUCAGACGGAUGGAGCAAACUCUGGGGAAUCUGAAGUUUUGUAGACAGCCAAGUCUUGGUAUGGCGUGGUUUAUUUUUCCAGUUGGCAGAACCGAAUUGAAGUGAGUAACUUUAGAUCAGGGGUCCCCAAACUUGGCAGCUUUAAGACUUGUGGACUUCAAUUCCCCAAAUUCUCCAGCCAGCAUAGCUGGAGUUGAAAUAGUUGAAAUCCACAAGUCUUUUUUUAAAAUUUAAUUUAAUUAAUUUUAUUAAAUAUACCAUUUAAAAACAUUAGACUUGGUGCGACUUCUCUGGUACAUACUUUUCUAACACUUUUUCUUUCGUGUGUAUUACAAUAUAAUAUCAUGCAUAUUCCAUAUAUGCUUUUGGUACAUUCAAUCACACUUCAGUUACGUGCAUAUUCCCUUCGUCUCUAUUCAAAUCCAAUUUAUUCCUAUCUAAUCUUUCUUAAUUUAAUUUUAUUUAUUUUUCUCCCCUUUUCUUCACUCGGUUUCUAAUUCUCUAUCCCUACAUUCCUCCUUUUCUCUAGCCAUUUAUAAAAUGUAUUCCAGGUUACAAAUUUCCGAUUCAUCUUUGUCUUUGAGCUCCAUUGUUAACCUGUCCAUUUCUGCACAGGUCAAUGUUUUGUUAGUUAUUUCUACCUCCUGUGGGUUCUCUCUGCAUUUCCAAUUUUGUGCGAAUAUCAACCUCGCUGCCGUUAGUAUGUGUACCAUAUGAUAUAUUUCUUCUUUUUUGUAAUUAUCCCUUACUAUACCCAGAAGGAAAAGUUCUGGCGUCAUAUCUAUCGGCUUGUUUAAAUCCACAAGUCUUAAAGCUGCCAAGUUUGAAGACCUCUGCCUUAGAGCCUAGCUAUAUCAAAUAUUUAAAGAGCAGAGAAUAAGCUCAGGGUACUUUCAUUGAAGUUGCGUAGCAUAUACGGUAUUUACACAAUGUUUACAAUUGGGUGGUGCCAGGAAUGUUCUUCCUGUGCAUUAUCCUGACUGAGGGAAGAUGGAGAAUCUUAUAGAGAAGUGUUUUCAUAAACUAUUUUUGAACGCC